CUCUCGCUCUGUCUCUCUGUCUCUCUCUUUCCGAUUCGUCGCCCCUCUCCUCCCUGCUCUUCCCCACCCCUGAUCCCACGGCCACCAUGAGCGGAGUUAACGCCAAGCGCCGCGGGGGCCCGCCCCCAGCGCCCGCUUCGAACCCCUCGAAGCGAUUCCAGGCCGGCAGCCGAAACCCUCAAACCCCGCAGCAGCCGUUGAAUGGGGUGGCGGCGGAGGAGGAGAUGAUGGACGAGGACGUCUUCUUGGAGGAGACUCUACUGAGAUACGAGGAGGACGAGGAGGCCGUCCUCCUCCUCCGUGACGAGGCCUUCUCAUCUCGCCUUUCGCGGUGGAGGCGCCCUGCCCUCUCCCCCUCCCACCUCUCUGGCUACGAAAGCAUCGUUUUUCAGCAGCUCGAGAUCGAUUACGUGAUAGGCGAAAGCCAUAAAGAACUGCUGCCUAACUCGUCUGGACCUGCAGCGAUUCUUAGGAUCUUCGGUGUGACCAGAGAGGGUCACAGUGUAUGCUGUCAUGUUCAUGGCUUUGAGCCUUACUUCUACAUCAGUUGUCCUGUGGGAAUGGGCCCUGAUGAUAUCUCCCGCUUUCACCAAACCUUAGAGGGGAGAAUGAGAGAGUCAAAUAGAAACAGCAAUGUGGCAAGGUUCAUUAAGCGGGUUGAGUUGGUGCAGAAAAAAAGCAUUAUGUAUUACCAGAAGCAUUCGUCACAGCCUUUCCUUAAGAUUGUUGUUGCCUUGCCGACUAUGGUUGCUAGCUGUCGUGGUAUUCUUGAGAGGGGCAUAACAAUUGACGGCAUUGGUUCAAAGAAUUUCCUGACAUAUGAGAGCAACAUUCUUUUUGCUCUUCGAUUCAUGAUUGAUUGCAACAUUGUUGGGGGCAAUUGGAUUGAAAUUUCUGCAGGAAAAUAUAAAAAGGCGAUCAAGAGCAUGUCUUAUUGCCAACUGGAACUUGAUUGCUUAUAUUCUGAGUUGAUUAGUCAUGCCCCAGAAGGUGAAUACUCUAAAAUGGCUCCAUUUCGUAUAUUAAGUUUUGACAUUGAGUGUGCUGGUCGUAAAGGACUCUUUCCUGAGCCAACUCAUGAUCCUGUUAUUCAGAUAGCCAACUUGGUCACCCUUCAAGGAGAUGAUCACCCUUUCAUACGAAAUGUAAUGACACUUAAAUCGUGUUCUCCAAUCGUUGGAGUUGAUGUGAUGUCAUUUGAUACAGAGAGAGAGGUUUUGCUUGCUUGGAGGGAUUUUGUUCGUGAGAUAGACCCUGAUAUUAUAAUUGGUUACAAUAUCUGCAAAUUUGAUCUGCCAUAUCUUAUUGAGAGAGCUGAAGCCCUUAAGAUUGGUGAGUUUCCAAUACUUGGUCGCAUAAGAAACAGUCGGGUUCGUGUCCGAGAUACAACUUUCUCAUCCAGGCAAUAUGGUGUAAGGGAAAGCAAAGAAGUUAAGGUGGAGGGAAGAGUUCAAUUUGAUCUGCUUCAGGCUAUGCAAAGAGAUUACAAGCUUAGCUCCUAUUCUUUGAAUUCUGUUUCAGCACACUUUCUUGGAGAGCAAAAAGAGGAUGUUCAUCAUUCAAUAAUAUCUGACCUUCAAAAUGGCAACGCAGAGACAAGAAGGCGGCUAGCUGUCUACUGUUUGAAGGAUGCGUACCUUCCACAGAGACUUCUGGACAAGUUGAUGUAUAUUUACAACUAUGUAGAAAUGGCCCGAGUUACUGGUGUCCCUAUAUCAUUUCUACUAGCAAGAGGCCAGAGCAUUAAGGUUCUCUCUCAACUCCUAAGGAAAGCAAAGCAGAAGAAUCUUGUUAUUCCAAAUAUCAAAGGGCAGGGAUCUGGACAAGAAACUUUCGAGGGUGCAACUGUUUUAGAGGCAAAGACUGGAUUUUAUGAAAAGCCCAUAGCAACUUUGGACUUUGCUUCUUUGUAUCCAUCCAUCAUGAUGGCAUACAAUUUGUGCUACUGCACUCUGGUUACUGCAGAAGAUGCUCGCAGGCUAAACCUGCCAGCAGAGAGUAUAAACAAAACCCCCUCAGGUGAAGUCUUUGUUAAAUCUGAGUUGCAGAAGGGCAUACUUCCUGAAAUCCUAGAAGAGCUAUUGGCUGCUCGUAAAAGAGCAAAAGCUGAUUUGAAGGAAGCAAAAGAUCCUUUUGAGAAGGCUGUACUAGAUGGACGGCAGUUGGCUUUGAAAAUAAGUGCAAACUCUGUAUAUGGGUUUACUGGAGCUACUAUUGGUCAGUUACCUUGUUUAGAGAUAUCUUCAAGUGUGACGAGCUAUGGUCGACAAAUGAUUGAGCAUACAAAGAAGCUGGUAGAAGAAAAAUUUACAAUAAGUGGGGGCUAUGAUCGUAAUGCAGAGGUUGUUUACGGAGACACCGACUCUGUUAUGGUACAAUUUGGUGAGCCAACUGUAGAGGCAGCAAUGAAACUAGGAAGAGAAGCAGCAGAAUAUAUUUCUGGGACUUUCAUAAAGCCCAUCAGGCUAGAAUUCGAAAAGGUCUACUAUCCUUACUUGCUAAUAAGCAAGAAGAGAUAUGCUGGCUUGUACUGGACAAAGCCUGAUACUUUUGACAAAAUGGACACCAAAGGCAUUGAGACUGUCAGAAGAGACAACUGUUUGUUGGUUAAAAAUCUGGUAAAUGAGUGUCUUCACAAGAUACUAAUAGACCGAGAUGUUCCUGGUGCAGUUCAGUAUGUUAAAAAUACCAUUUCAGAUCUUUUAAUGAACCGUGUGGAUUUGUCUCUUUUGGUUAUAACAAAGGGUUUGACCAAAACAGGAGAUGAUUAUGCCGUAAAGGCUGCACAUGUUGAACUUGCUGAAAGGAUGAGAAAAAGGGAUGCUGCAACUGCUCCUAAUGUUGGAGAUCGUGUUCCAUAUGUCAUAAUCAAAGCUGCUAAAGGUGCCAAGGCUUAUGAGAAGUCUGAGGAUCCAAUAUAUGUGCUUGAGAACAAUAUUCCAAUAGAUCCACAGUAUUACCUUGAAAAUCAGAUGAGCAAGCCACUUCUCAGAAUCUUUGAGCCUAUUCUGAAAAAUGCAAGUAAAGAGCUUCUUCAUGGAAGUCACACCAGAGCUGUGUCCAUAUCAACUCCUUCAAACAGUGGUAUUAUGAAAUUUGCUAAGAAGCAGCUUAGCUGUCUUGGAUGCAAAGCAGUAAUCGGUAAUGCAGAGCAAACUCUUUGCUCGCACUGCAAGGGAAGAGAAGCCGAGAUAUACUGCAAAAUGGUAGCUAAUGUUUCCGAAUUGGAGAUGCUCUUCGGCAGACUGUGGACACAGUGCCAAGAAUGCCAAGGUUCUCUUCACCAAGAUGUGUUGUGUACAAGUCGUGACUGCCCCAUCUUUUACCGAAGGAAGAAAGCACAAAAGGAUAUGGCCGAAGCUAAGAUGCAACUUGAUCGGUGGAAUUUUUGAGCCCACUGAGUUGGCUAUGGUAAUUCAUUUUGCCCGGUUUGAAACCAAUGUUACUUAUAGAUUGUGGAUGCACCAAGUGGACUGCCUUUCAUGGUAUUCAGAAGCUGCGGGCUUUGUUUGCAAGUCGAGAUAGGGUUUUAAUCUAUUGGGAGUUCAUCUCAAUAUAAAAUGACCACAUCGUCAGCUGGAGUUUUAUUUCCAAGCCUUGCCUGAUAGCAUCUUUGGCAGUGCCGAGGAUGAGAACGUUGGAAAGUCGAGCUGGUCAGUGACAUUUUUGUAUAAAUGUUUGUUAAAGAGGCACACGUGAACAUUAUGUAAAAUUAUCAUUGUGGAUGAUUACAAGUCUCCUUGUGCUUGGAAUGGCAUGAAACCUUGGAAGGAUGAUGUUCUCGUGUUUUGUUUCUGCUUUGCUUUUA